AUGUCAACAAAUCUAAUUCAUGCCUUUGGGGCAUUCACAGUCUCAAUUGUUCUCUAUCGUCCUUUCAUAACAAAACUUGACUGGUUUAAAUACCUCUUCUUAACAAUCGCUAGCUUAAUAACUCCAUUCUGUGCCCGCGUCUGGCUAUCAGAUGAACCCCAGAAACAAUCUCAAUUGGCUUCAAAUACAACCGAAUAUCCUCUUGGAUGGCCAUUAUACUACCUAUCUCCAGACACAACAAAUAGAAUCCACUACAUACACCCUGACCGUUUGUUUUCUGAGCCAAUCUUACUGCCAGACAUCAUAUUCCUGGCCAUAAUCACAGCAACUACAGUCACAGUCUGUGGGUUAUUAUCUCGGUGGCAAUUUGCAAUCAUUCAUGUUCGCCCAGACUGCAACCCAGUAUUUUCUGCAUUGACUCGCCACGUUUUAUCCAUUGUUCUUGUCAGCCUCGGUGUUUCGAGACAUCCCUUACUUGAUUAUCCUGUUCUUCGCCUUUUGAGCCCAGUGAUGGGUGUACUCUGCUAUAUGUCUGGCCCUUUCUUUGUCCGACGCUGGAAGGUUAUCUGUUUAUCUUCUGGAAUACCUGCACUUGUAGCUAUAGUGUCUUCUUUUAAUGUUCCUGGCCAAUGGUCAACAUGGUCUGCCAUAGACUGGGUAUCAUUUACCUCCACACUUGUCAUGGUCUGCAAUGCACUCGAUCACAUUGAUGCAAUCCUUAAUAUGUACCCCUACCUUAUCACAGCUAAUCCAACUGUUCUUGCCCGCAUGCAGAGUCCAACUACUAUUGAAUAUUGGUGUGGUGUGGCUAAGCUGAUCAGCCACAUGCCCUCCGAAUCAGAUCUUCCGUUCGGACCUAUCAGUGAUCUUGAAACUGCUAUCCGAUUGCUCGGUCCUGCAUCUAGAUCAUGGAAGACCAUGGCUGCCCUUUUCCCAACAAACCUACGCCAGGACCUUUGCCUUCUGUAUGCAUUCUUCAGAACUGCCGAUGACCUGGUCGAUGAUGCACCAUCACUGGAACAAAGUCAAGCUAAUCUUGUAACCCUCCGACAUUUCUUGCACGAUGUAUUCUCAAAUGAUACAACCAAGCCUGUGGAGUUGAACCCUAACGAUGAUCUCACUCUUCCCUCUCAUAUUGACUGGGAUCACUACAGAAGCCUCCUUCCAUCAGAAGAUGUCCUGUCCACCUUCCGUUCCUUCGCUCGUGUAUCUCACUACGUCUGCCCACGCGCCAUGUUUGAACUGACGGAUGCAUGGGAGCUAGAUCUCAAGAACGAGCCUAUCAAGAACCAGAACGACCUUCUUCAAUACGCAGCCCUGAUCUCUGGUACCUUUGGUGAGCUGUGUACCUGCGUGAUUAUGUACAAGACUGGCUAUGGAAAUUGGCGGUCCGAUAUGAUUGCACGUAAAGACGAUGUCUUGUCAAAGGCACGUUCCACUGGGCAGUGUCUUCAAUUGGUAAACAUCGCCCGUGAUGUUAUUGCUGAUAGCAUCAAUGGUCGUUGCUAUGUUCCACUUCAAUACAUGAACCAACCCCAGAAAAAUUAUGGUGUCUUAAAGACGGCCCGCAGUCCUUCGGAAUUAGGCGAGCGUACUCUCAAGUCUUAUGCCAUUCGAAUUCUUGCCCUGGCCGAUCAGAUCUCCGAUCAGGCUCAAAACGGCAUCGACGGGCUUCCGGCCGAAGUUCAGGAUAGUAUCCGCGCCGCUUUUGAGAUCUACAUGGCAAUUGGCCCUACCCUACGCAAGAACCCAGGAUUUCCUUUACGAACCAAAGUUCCCAAGCACACCCAGCAAUGGAUUGCCCUGCGUUGUAUUUACGGUUUCCACAAUACCAUGGCCCAUGCUUUGCAGGAAACUUUCAAAAGGUUUAUCUACACCAGAAUUCCUACUCUGGGGAGAUUGUCUGCUCAUGUAGCUAACCAAAAGCGCUUUUAA